CCGAGUUCGCGCUCAAACAUUAACCAGUGUUUUCAUUAAUUUUUUGUUUAUUUUCCACUCCAAAAAAACGGAUAAUAACCAUUGGCCACCCCCAGGUAGAAAUUGUUAAUCCGGAGCGUGGAAAAUUGUUAAAAAUGUGACGAAAAAAAUUGAAGGAGUGAUAGGUGGAGCGCGAUGAGACGAAAAAAGUUAUGACCGGGUGUUUCGAGAUGACUGGAUCGACAUUGGGGCAUCUCCAGCCCCAAGUAGAGGAACCAAGACCAUCAAAACCACCGGAUAUCAAUAAAGAAUUGGUAUCGCCACGUCAUCGCCGUAUGCGACAGAGAAUGACACCUGUUCCACCUGAAAAGAUCGAUCCGCCAAUUCAACUGACACCGGUCUGGGAACAUGUGGUACGCACGCAACAUUUCCCCCCCGACAUCGACAAGCACUCGACCUUCACCGAAAUAUCAGAAAGAUUGCGAGAUCCUGAGUGGGAAGUCCGUCAACAUGCACUUCGUGUUCUAAUUGAUGUCGUACCAACAUUACCAAAGGAACAAGUGGAUAGUAUUCUCUCGCCAGUUGUACCCGAACUCAUCAAUAAUCUCGGACACUUAGCACCGGCCGUACGUAAAGGUGCAAUUGAUGCACUGAGGGUUUAUCUUGUUUGCAGCGAGAACCGUGAGAUAAUCGUUAAUAAUAUCCUCGAAAGUGGUUUAUCCCGUCAAGCUCCCCUGGACCCUCUCCAAAUCAGCAUCACUCAGGGUCUUAUCCUCAGUACUCCCUCCCUCCUUUGCCCCUCCCCCGCCACUCCAUCCCCCUCCGACAAUCUCUUAUCAGCGACGAUAACAACGUUGGCUCACCACCUGAUCCAAAUAAACCACCAAGAGGCGGCUCUGAAGUCUCUCCUGAAGAUUCGAGACACAAUUGGCUCCGAAAACUUCGCCCACCACCUCUCGACCCUCAACCCCACGGCACUCAAGGACUUCCAAGUCCUCUGUGAAGUGUACAAAGUCAACGAGAGCCCGAUGAAAAAGAGAAUGAAGGGAAGAAGUCCGACAAAGUCACCAAAAAUCGAAGAAAUAAACGGCAAUGUCAUCGAGAUUGAGACAAAAAUCAGUCAAGGUCAUCGUAAAGGUCAACUUCAGAAGGAUUCCGAUGACUUUGAGACUUCAGGAUCUAGAGUCUUGUUAGAGACUGAAAUCAAGCUCAACGAGGACACGGCGAUAACGAUGACCAUCUCCGAGGAGAAGGACAAUUUGCCGAAUCAUGGUGAUCAUGUUGAAGGUCAAGAUGAAGCAGACGAUGAAGUUGAGUCGAAGGACGUGUGGAUCGAGAGGAGAAAGACACCGAGGAGAGUGCACUUUGGUGGUGAAAUCGUCAAAAUGAGAACACCUGAUUCUGAUGACUCCGAGGUACUUCAGAGUGAAGUUAAAAAGACGAAAAUUCCCCUGCCAAUAGCUCCUGUUACGAAGUUGCCACUUCACUUGACAAAGUCAUCGUCGAAUCCCAGUAGUCCGAAUUUACCGAGGUCCGACAAAGCCUCGAGGAGAUCGAGAUCGGCAUCGAUCAGCCCAAAGAGAGAGUUCUACGUUCACGACGGGACUUUAAGCCCGAAGAAGGGGAUCUUGACGAAGAACACGAGUCACUCGAUGACUCGAGUGAAGUCUAUAUCGCUGGAGGGGGAGGGCUACUUCAAUGGUAAUCUUGAUGAUGUCUUUGGAAUGAGAGAGAACGAUAGGAGUUGGUCGUUCGAGGUGUUCGAGGAUCUCGACAGCGACAUCGAUCCCAGGAACAUUCUUCACGUCAAUGACUUGAAGUUUAAGAAGAAGUCGAGGAAGAAAUCAUCGAGAGCAACUUCACCGAGGAAGUUCGAGAGAACAGAGAAUAAAAAUGUGGAGACAUCUCUGGACGAGAAGAUCGAGGCAAAUGAUGUUUCGAGUCAACAUCGGAACAAACUUCACGGUAUGAAGUUCAAGUCAUCGAAGAUUUUAUCGAAAAAAUCGGAGAUAAAUGAAGUGAAAAAUGUGAGAAGACCUUCAGACGGGAGAAUUUUUCGAAGUGAAUCAGCGAGUGCUCUUCACCAUCCCAAUGAUAAUUUCCAUAAAGAACUUCAUGAUGAACUCCAUCAUGAACUUCAUGUCAAUGGAAGAAUUUCGGAGUUGAAUCUUGAAACUUCACCCGGCAAUUUACUCAUCAACAAUCGAGAAAUAGAUAAUCAAAAUUUCAGGAGAAGUUCAACAUCACUCGGAUUAACUUCAAUUGAAGAUUCAAUUGACAAUGAGAUGAGAAAAAAAUCAUCAGGGACGAGGAGUUCUUCGAGAAAGGCAGUUUAUGAAAGUUUUCCCAGAAAGGAGAGAAAUUAUAUUCUUAUGGAACUAUCGAGCCCUGUUAAAAUGAGUUCGAGAAGUCGUGAGGUCUCGCCUGUGGGGGCUGAAGAGGUCAAGGGGGUGAUAAAGGGCGAGGGGGAGGAUAAGGGAGAGAAAAGUUUUGUGGAGAAAAGUGGCGAGGGGGAGAGCAAGGGUGAGGCUAAUUGGGAGGAUCUCGGACUUGUGACUCAAGAUGUUCUCGACGACCUUCAUAAUAAGGAGGACUGGAGGGCACGAGUUAGAGGACUCGAGAGGGUGGCAUCAGCCCUGAGGACAUCCUCAGCUCUGAUUGCCAUUGAACCUAGACUGGGAUCUUUUCUCCAAGCAAUUCUUGGUGGUGAAAGAAGCUGCAGAGUUGCUGCUGCUGCCAUGUCUGUUGCAAGGGUGGUGAUUGCUGGAGUGUCGGAGGAAUCGUUAAAACGUCGACUUCCACAAGUCGCUUGGGGUCUAAGCAGACAAGGGGGUCCAAGUGCUGCUCAGCUAGCAAGACUGGCGAUGUUACGAUUACGACCAGCUCUUUUCCUCGAACAGCUCCUUCAGCCCCACUGCAUCGAUGCCAGAAAUGCCAAAACACGAGAGAACGCCCUGCAGCUUUUGAUCUUCUCCCUCGUAACAUUCCCGAGUACGGAAUUUAAAGUGGAAAAUGUUGCGAACAAAGUGGCACUGAUGGUUGGCGACAGGCGAAGAAGAGUGAGACAAGCAGCACUGGAUACUCUGGCAGUACUUGCACAAAUUUACGAGCCCGAGGAAGUGCUGAAGGCAGGAAAUAGAGCUGCCAAAGAGUUGAAGGAAGGAACAGAGAUGGUGGCAGCGAUCAGGGCGAGACUAGCAAGAAAAUCUCUGCCGAUGGUCUCCGCUGAUGGUCUCGUCGUCUACGGACUGCAAAUUUCACCAACUGUUCAGAUCGCCACUGGGCCUGAUGUUGAUUGGAUUGUUGCUGGGAGUGGCUCAGUGUCUCCAGGAACCGGAAGAGCCAGGGGUCAGGUGAUUCCACCGAAUGUCAAGGCGGGACUCGAUAAACACAAGAAUGAACAGGGGAGUAAUUCCCCCUCAUCUCGACCGAGUUUCAUCGCCCAGGGAAUUUCUCUGCAUUCGAAAAACGAACGUCCAGUUGCCUGGCAGUUGCUUCCCCCUGACAAAGACGGGAAUCAUUUGCCCCAGGAUAUUGAGGACGACUGCGGCAACGAGUCUCCAAUAUCUAUCGAAACAAGUAGUAUAAAAUCACGAUACUCCGACACGUACAGUCCAUUCCUCUCGCCCUCAGACACCCCUGGAGAGAUUUACCGAGAGCCCCUGAACUCGUCUCUCCUGAAGAACGACAAGGACGUUAUCAUGAAGCAGCGGAAGACCGAGGAGAACUUCCACAGGAGAAUGGAUCAGAUUUAUGCCGAGAGGAGGGAUGACGUGAGGCUAGAGUCGAGGAUACCCGUCCCUCAGUUCGUGGAUCGUCAUAUUGUUGUUAGACACAGCACCGCUUAUCAAAGGAGACGAAGACAAGAGGGUGAGGAUCCUCCACCCUCUUCAGCACCACAUACGUCAGGGGGAUUGAGACGUGGUGAUGGCGUCGACUCUGAAAUUUCCAGAAGAUACAGAAGCGAUAGAAUAAAAUUUUCAUCUCGACCAGCCUCGGAGGAGCGUUCCAGAGUAUCCUACCUGGGGAAUUCACCAAUUCGAGAUGGCUUCGACCCAGUGUACCGUAAUAGUAGACGAAGAAGUGUCGUGAGAAGUUCACUGGAGCCCGAAGAAGCUGUUACUAGUUCAGUUGAAUCGAGACGCAACAGUUCAUCGCUUUCGGGAUCGAUCCAUCCAUUUUCACAGGUUCAAGAGACCGACCUGAGAACUCGUGCUUCACAAACUCCCACACCAAUCAGAAUUCAUGAGAUGAAUUCUACCAUCCAAUCAAUUUGGGGUAUUCAAUUACGGAUUGAAAUGAUUUUGAAAUACUGUGUUUGGCCUAGUGUUACCAAGGACAAUGCUAAACCACUUGUUAACACCUUCAAUUGUGGUAAUACGGAAAUUGUUAAAAGUGCAUUUCGCUGUUGUCCGUGCGCGUUCAGACGGAGAAAAUCCGUUGGCAUUGAAAAAGUGGGUGAUAAUCUAUCAAUUACCAGUGAUAUCGGGAGAGCUGGUACACCGGUUAUUGCAUUGAGACUCAAUCAGCGCGUGGACUCCAUUUCCAGAGACAAGAAUAAUGUGGACGAGGACAACGAGAGGAAUGAUUUCAACCCCCAGCCUAAUUUCUACCCGACAUCACCCCCCAGCGACCAGGCGUCUCAAUGUUCAGGUACCGAUCAUGUGCCUUACGGAGCGUCGAGUGACUCCUCCAAUACUGGAAUCGAUCACAGUGAGACUGAAACGAGAAUCAUCGAUAAUCCCAGUGAUGAGAGCAAUCAGGAGGAAAACAUCAUCGGGGAGAAAUCAUUCGAUGUCAUCACUGACACCAACAAUCCGUCCAGACCAAAUUCCCUUGAUCAGGUGGUGAUGAAGAUUCUGUCGAGUGGAACGGAGUCGACGGAUCAGGACAGGGAGGGCUCGGAGAACUCUGGAGGUAGUAAUAACAGUGAUGAUAAGAGUGAGCCAGUGAGACUGGCAAGGUCUGCCUCCUCAGUUGUCUCGUAUGAGACCAACUCGACGGACUCGACGAUGAGGAUAAGUGGUCCAGUCCAUGCUAAUGGGAUCAAGGGGAUUGCCUUUGAUCAGCAGAGCGUUGGCACUGACACAGGGGAUGCCCCGGACAUAUCAUUAGAAUUCGAUCGAGAAUAUUCGACCGAAGUGCAGAUCGAUAUAGAGUCGAGGGUGAGGGCUUCCAUUUAUCCAGAGACAAAAACACACUUCCAGCAGACGGAAUCCCGCAAGCCGAGUCCUGAUCGACGCUCGUCAUCGGUGGAACAUGAUAAGAUCGCAAGUGCUGUUAAUUCAGUGUCUAUAAUCGUUGCUUCACGUCCCCAUUCACGUGCCACAACCGGUGAACAUCGAGAGCCAGCAUUUCAGCCACUUGACUACCGUCAGCCGCACACCAAUGAAACCACUACUUCCGCUUCAAUUUUUCAAGUUUCUCGUGCCUUCGAGGGUACUGAGUCCAUUGACGUCAUCACCGAGCAAGUUACUGUGGGAACGGCUGAGAGUUUCGAGGAUCUUCCAAAGAGCCCUGAAAUCCACGUUGUAACAAUCAGUAAAGUCCAGCGUCAGGCGACACCCCAGAGUGAGGGUGUGUUACAGGGGGUCGUUAAAAUCCACGGGGUUGAAACCACCAAGAGAUUACCAUCCAGAGUUCCACGAAGUCGUAUAAAAUCACGUCCUGGUGUCAACAAAAUUGCACCUCUAGGCGGUCAUGCGGACAAGACACCAGCAAGAUCUAAACCAGUUACAGUACAGUGUAUUUCACAGUUGGAAAGCAAUGAUUGGGAAACAACAAUUAGGGGAUUGAAGUCACUGUCAACAAUAGCACGACAACAGCCUGAUCAGUUGGACAGUUGUCCCCAGGGCACUGUAGGUCGUCUAUUAGGCCGGCAUGUCAGAAACCUGCGCUCCCAGGUGGCUCGAACUGCCUGCCUAGCCGCUGGCGAUGUCUUCAGCUCGCAGGCCCGCUGUAUCGAUCAGGACCUCGACGACAUCGCAGGUCCCCUCCUCCAGAGAACAGCCGACACAAACAAAUUCCUGAGGGCUGACAGCAAUGCAGCCCUCGAUCGCAUGAUCGAACACAUUCCACCUCAUAAAACCAUCACAGUUAUUGUUCAUCGUGGUGCCAGUCAUCAGAAUGCAGUGGUGCGUGCAGCAACUGCAAGGUUGCUUGCAUCAGUUGUCGAUAGAAUUGGGGCUGAUGCUGUCAUGUCCUUGCCGAGGGAUGUGAGGGAUAAAUUACUUGGGGCUGGGGCAAAACUCCUUGGUGAUGGCAACUUGGACGCCAGAAAUUAUGCAAAAUCAAUGUUCAAAAGGCUUUCGAGGUGUGAGGGAUUCCGUCGAGCCCUCACAGACGCCGUCCCCGAAGCAACACUGCGUCACAUCGACAAAACCCUCCGAUCCCUUUAGUCCCCAUAACUGAAGGAAAAUUAACAAAAUGUCAAUAAAGCUCAAAUCACAGCAUGAAAUAAAAACAAGUCUGCAAUCGCCUCAAGCCCCUACAAUUUUCCUAGUCUGAGUAAUAACAAAAAAAAAAUGCCGAAUAAAAGAGCAGAAGAAAUGCGCAACAGCUUGAAGCGAAUCCCCAUUUUUCAUCUUUUUAUCCCAUCGACCGAUUAUUUAUAAAUAAUCAACGAAUCCAUCGAAUUUUUGUAAUGAAAAUUGCAUCACAUUUUGUAAUACUGUUUCAUCAGCUCCUUUGAGGACAGUCAUUUAUAUUUAUACGCGCAAUUGUGUAACUGUAUAGUUGUUUAUGAAACCGAGAAAUUGAAUCGAAUAAAUAAAAUUGGAAAAGGAUCAUAGAGUAAACUAGAAUUAAAAUACCUCACACUUUUAUUAAUGUCUAUUACAGUGGUCAUUUAAAUAGAAAACAUUACUUUCCAUAAAAUACUCAUAGAUUCACAACUGCAAUAAUUAAAAUAAUUAUCAACUCUCGCCUAUUCUAGUGCAAAAUUAAAAAUAAUUAAAGAAAUCCUUGAUGAUUAGUUCUGUUUCUAAUCGAUCCAAAUUAUUAAUAAUCAAUUAAGAAUAAAAUGUGGAAACAAAUACAAUAGAAUUAUUGCCAUCAGUAAUAAUAUAACAAUCACAUGAAUUUAAUCCGUGAAACGUGACUAGUCGAUCCCAAUUUUUCUGUUAAUUAGGUAAUUGGGUAAUUUCACCGAUAAUGGGUGACUCUGGGUUACAAUGGCAGAUAUAUUAAUAUCUGUCCGGAUAUAUUAAUAUUGAGCUUCUCAUUCGCAAGAUAAAUCAGUAACAUGUCUAAAUAUUAUUUUCCAAGAUAUUAAUCACCGAAAUAUAUCCAAGAAUAUUAUCCACUGAAGUAAAAUAUCUGAAAAUAUUGUUUAACUUUUUCAAUAAUUUAAUUGUUGAUGCUUCUUCUCUAUUAUCAAUCAUUCCUAUUAUUAUUAUUAUUAUCACUCACUGUUUAAUGAUUGAUUAAUAUGGGAGAAGAAAACUGGUAAAUGCAAAAUUAUCCAGCAAUUGUGAAAAAAAAA